UUAAUUCACCGGUAAAAAGAAAAGAACUUUUUGCAUGAAGCCCAAGGACCAUAACACAGGUUACACACACACACACAGAAUAAAAAGAAACAGCUGUACCCACAGGGAGUUCUUGGAAUAAAGAAUUAUCCAUCCUAAGAAACACACACACAAAACCUAGUCACUCCUACCGGUAAUACACACCCAUUCACCCACAUAAUACAGGUCACUUAAUCACAGGAAAGAACUUCCUGCUGCAUCACUUCCUUCUGGGUUUCUUUGAAACCAUGGAAGAUACAAAGGAAACGGGCCCUGCUAUAUGAUACAUAACGCUUGAGAACAUACCAUGGCACAUUCAUGCAAGGAGGGACUACAUAACUUGCACAGGACUACAUUACUGAGAAAGACCAGAGACCAUACAAUGAGUACAAAGAUGUCUACACAACAGCAGCAUGUCGACAAGUUAUCGUCUUACCUCAAGUCCCACAAACUGUCAGACGACACAGCGGACAAGAGUAGACCAUCAUCAUCACAGAGACAAAUGAUUUCAAGAGGUGCCAGUGGUGGCACUGGGAAGGCCCAAACAGCCAGGACUGGUAGCCCAGCCAGAAGGCCUGGUGACACCAGUGUAAACACAACAAAAACCUCUACUCUCAGGAUGCACUUAGCCAAGAAACUCUGCAUACAGAAUAUGCCAGAUGAAAUUUUACUGAGGGUCUUCAGUUUCCUGAAUGCAGGGGCUCUCCUCCUGGCUGCCACUGUGUGUAAAAAGUGGUACAGUCUUGCACAUGACAACUUCAUCUGGCGGUUACAGUAUAGAAUACAUGUUGAACUGGGCGGUCUGGACAAGCUGGAGAAGAAAGAGCCUCAUGUCCCCCCUGAUGGACAGCUUGCCCCAGGUUACUGGCAGAAACAGGCCAUCUCACGUCUUGUAGCAGCAAGGAACAACAGAAUUCCAAAGAUUGUAAAGAGCAGGAAUCCUAAUACCUGCAUGCCUGUCCACCUUCAACAGGGUAUAACGGCUAUUGGUACAAAGUGGUAUGUAUGUUUAGUGGAGGGUAACAACAGAAAGGAGCACAACUUUGCUGCCAAUGAUGCUAUCUACAGUAAAUUCUCCCACUCGCUGCGCUGGUAUGACCUGAGCUUCCCACCAAUCAGAAGCAUCCGAUACAUCAGGUUAUACGGCGUCACUCCUGUCUUCUACGGCAGAGAUGGUCUUGGUUCCAAAAAUUGCCCACGGACCCGCUCCCUGAUGCAGACUAUCGAGCUGAGUUGGAGCCAGCUGCAGGACAGGACACCAGAUGUACAGGACGAUCUCGUCAAUGUGUACUUCAUGGAGGAGGGCUUCAUUGUUGCAGUAUGGAAGGAUGGAGGUGAACUUGCCUUCAUCAACUGCAUCGUGCACAACCACCACCUGCUGCAGAGGAGUGUCCUGGGCAGCAGCACCACCUGCUACCCACACAUGGUCCACGGGCACCAGCGAGACGAACUCUCCAAGCACCCUGGGCUUUCAAGGUACGACUGUCUGGUUUCUCUCCGGAACCACCGGAAAGUUUUUCUGGAGGAGUAUGAAGUGUCUGCGUAUACAACUAGGGACAAAGUAGCAAAUGGCUUUGCCAGCUUCGAGGUCCUAAAAGAUUGGAAUGCUGCAGAUAAAGAGUUCUACCUUCGUUGGAAGACUGAACUGUUCAAGGGUGAAUUGAAGGAUGCCUUUAUUGUAGAUACGGUUAUGAUGGACGACAACAGGCAGGUGUUCUGGACACUAUGUGCACCAACCAAACUGGUGAAAAUGGAGCUGGCUGAAGUUAGGGCACUGGUAAAGAGUGGUCAGAUUUGGGGUGGAACGAACCUUCCUUUCCUAUUCAGAAGACCAAAAGAUCCCAGAUCAUUUGAUGCUGGGGAGAACUGUUGGAGUUUUGAAGCCGCCAACAGCCUUGGCAAGGUCACUGGCAAGGUCAUCUGGGAUGAGGAGAGGGAGAGGUACCAGGUGUUCCAGGUGUACUUCCACAUUGCCACCAAACUCAUCAACAUGGUCUUUGGAACAAACUAUGACUAAGGAACAACAAACCAGGCACUACAUACAUACAUACAUGGUGGGGGAGUGGGUCAACAUAGAGUGAGCACCAAAGUUAUAGCUGUUUGGCACAGUAUGAUAUAUUACUUGAUAUUGAAGACUUCAAGCUGGGUAAGGUAUGAUCACAACUACAUCUAAGGGCUUAUCAAUAACUGACAUUAUGUACUUAAUCAGAUAUAAUCAUUGCAAUAUGCCAGGAAAAAAAAUGAAAUUGAUGUGGUUCUGACAUGAAAUAUUAUAUCAUACAAAAAUGUAUGCUGCAGGGUAAAAUGUUAUCUUUCAGAUCUUUGUUUCCUGAAACAGCUUUUUCCAACUGUGCAAUACAUGUACUUCUAUCGCUUCUUACAUUCCAGUUGUAGUUUAGUUUUUGACAUAUCAAGGAAGCACAGUGUGCUGAUAUCAAAACAAAUUAUGGUGUUGGCAACUUUGCAAAUUAGUACUUUUCUUGCAAAUAUAUCUGAUACUGGCGCUGGCCUCUAAGGACACUCAAGAUUUUGAUCAAAGGAGGGGUUUGCCUUAAUUACAGAUUAUACAUUCCUCAAGAAUACAUUAAUUGCACUUUAUUAACCAAGAAAAGGAUCAAUUUUAAAGGACUAUAGAAACAUGAAACUUUUUUUUUCAUUGAGGAAUCUAUGAAUUUGGUUGGUGCUGUUUGCACUAUCACUGUUGCCGUGUAUCAAGGAGCUUUUGAAAGCUCCUUGCGUGUAUAUAGACAGGACAAGUUGGUAUGAGCAAAGACAUUCCAUAUAAUGUCCUUGGCAUACAUGUGUGUGUGUGUGAUGAUAUACACUAUAUAUGUAUAUAGAAAAGUAUUUAGCAAUAUAGAUAUAUAUUUCCUGUGCCUUAUCCAGCGUACCAUUAAAUGUACAUGGCAUGGCUUUGAUAGGGUUAGAGGGAUUGUGUGCGUGUUCAUUUUUUUUCAUUUUUUGCGUGCGUGUUCAUUUUUUCAUAUUAUAUUUUUGGUCACAAUGAGCUGAAGAACAGUUUCCUCAUAACUGAAACUCUAUCUAUGAUAUAUGUGAAGAUGGACAAAUAGUGACAGAAAAAGUACUGUACAUACAGAGUCUUACAUACAGACAUUGUAGUUCUAACAGUCACUCCUGUGUGACUCUACUUCUGUGAAAGGAUUUUUGUCACACUUUUCUAACACAAUAACCAUUGCCUUGAUUGUGCUAGAAUGUUUUCAGUGGUAUUGUUAGGUAGCAAUUCAUCCAGAGAUGUAAUGGGGGGGGGGUGAAAAUGGUGAAAGGUGGAAACUUUUAGUCACAGCCGUAUUGAUAAGUUUCACAAAAGUGGUGACAAAAUUGAAGUUGCAGAGCAAGAGAACAAAGAUGGAUACAGCCCAGGUUUAUACAUACAUCCGGGAUACACAAACACACCUACGUGUACAUGUAUAUGGCAUUCACUUAGAACAUCUUUGCAGUCACAGCAAAUCUACCUUUUAGACUUCAGAAAAAUAUUACUAGUAUGGAGCUUAUUAUGUUGGGGAGUUGUUACAGCUUAUAGGACGGUGGAAAACUGGGCAAGGAACUUAACAAAGUCGUUCACAUGUUGUGACCUAAUCCUUCUAAACAGGGCUAACAUAAACUGUUACAAUAAUAUCACAAUGUGCCUCCUGUAGGUAUCUUCAAAUAUCCAGGUGUAAGGUAUUUAAAGGUGCAUGUUUAUGUUUUAAGAAUAGUCUUAUGAUCUGAAGUGCAUGAGGUUCAAUAAACACUCUAACAGCA